UUGAUGUGUCAUUCUUAACUGUAAAUAAACCCGAAGUGAGAAAACUUUAAAGAAUAAGGAAGAGGAAACAAAGCUUGUACUGCCUCUAAUCGGUGUGCUUAAAUCCUUUCUUAACUUCUCUUCUGAAGUUGUGUGCUCACGUGACUCCUGUGUUUAUGCAGUAACUCCCAGUGCCUUGGCCUUGCACGAGGAAGAUGUGGAGUGGGCUCUUACCUCCAGGACUGAGUGAAAGUGAUGUUGACUUGAGCUCUGAGAAUGAAGAGGAGUCAUGUAUCUCCUGUUUGAAGGAUGAAGAUAUAAAGGAAGAUACAGAAAGAGUUCAGCUGCCUGAAUUGCAGGAGAAUGGACCUGAAAGUAAUACCAGCACUAAAUCAGUUUUGAUACCUGUGACAGAUGGAGAAAACACAUCUCAAACAUGUCCUGAUGGAGUACCUUUAAAUAUGUGGAAUAAGUUUUUGGAGCUUCAGAAGAAAAACCAUGAUAUGAAAAUGGAAGCAAAGCAGGGAAGCCAAGGCCGAAAAAGAAAGCGCCGCAGAAAAGAAAAACGGGAAAAGGACAAAAAUGAAGUGACUAAGAGUAGUCAGCAGUUGGCCAAUGAAGAGCACUGGAAAGAACUUACACAGUACUUUGGAAUCAAUGAUAGAUUUGAAUCACCUGUGGAUAGCAGAACUCCACAAAAGUCUGGCCUUGAACUGAGCAUAGAGAAGUCCGUGGCUGAAGGUGACAUUGAUAAAGCUGAGGAGCUGAGUGAUAGAUUAGCAACUCGUGAGCUUGGUGUGAAAAUUGCCAAAGCUGCUGCUUGCCGCAACUUUGUGAAAGCCAAACAAGAAGCAGAGGCUGCCCAAGAAGCUCGAAAGAAAAAGAAGCUUGCUUGGGGGUUUGAAGCUAAGAAAAGAUGGGAAACAAAAAGCAACAUGGGAUACAUGUAGUCCAUCCUGUUUUCAUGAGGAGUCAAAUGUAACUCGAAGAAUUUUUGUGGGUGACUAAACACACAUACAACCCCCCCAAAAAAACAACAUUCAGAGAAAACCUUAAACAUGAAGAAAAUCAACCAAAAUAAGCAACAACAAAAAAAGCAAUACAUCAAAUCCCUUGUGUUUCCUCUUAAUCCUGGCAGCUUACACUAGGUUGGUUUGUUGUUGUUAACAGUGUAGCAAAAAUGCUUUCUAAAAAUCAAUACUAUGUUAAGAUAGUAUGUGUCUCCAAAAUGUACAUAUUGCUGUAAUGCAUUGCAGAAUGCAUUCAGAGUCUGGUAGAGAGCUGUCUAAAGAUGGAAUAAAAUACUCGUUCCAGAUGUGUUCUCUGUGCUGUAUUGUUAUAUACCCAUUGUGUGGGUACAAGGAAAGAGAUAAGUUUUGCUGUUUUUUUUUCCUACUCUCCUGUACUUAAAGAAUUACUUUAUUUUUUGUCAGCUUGAGAGUUUUGCGUGGUGUAUGGGCUGAAUAAGAGAGGAAAAAGAAGGGACAGAACCACAAAUGUUCUACUUGUUUAAAGCUGUUGUUAUUUAUGCAUUCACGGGCUUAGUAAAUAUAAAGUGAGGUUGGCCUAUAAAGUCCAUUCUCGCUCUUCUAGGAGGGUCUGAUGCUAUUCAUCAUGUUCAGGUGCCAUGCUGCUUGGAAUGCUUCAAAUUCCCUUGAUCCCUUGAUCCUUUCCUUCUGAAGAACUCAAAUUUUUAAAGUCUCAUUGAGUCUUUGAGUAGAUCAAGAAUAGAGUUGAAAAAUAUCUGGAUCUGUUAUGUUACACAGUAAGCUGCACCCAAGAAGAUGGGAUUUUACUUAAAGUUAAAUGUUCUCAUAGAUAAAUUAGGGCUUGAAUGCUUAUAAGAAUUAUAACAAGAACUGAUGGCUGUGUUUUUUCAAAGUUGUUUUCAGUGAAAAGGACCCAUUUGAGACAAGCAGGUUCUCUCCCUGAAGCCUUUGCAUGUAUGUGUAUUCACUGCAUUGCCUGAAUUGAAUCGGUAAAAUAAAUGUCAGGUAUUUUUAACCAA